CUCAAGCAUUUUAUCAAACAUAUGCCAGGCGUAUACUAUAAAUUGAGCUGAAACAUAACAGUUGUGUGGCUUUUCCGAUCAAACUCUCUCUGGCUUUUCUUCUCUCUGCGGCUCUCCUCUCUCGACCUCUUUUCCUCUCUAUCGAUAGGAGUCACGAACUUCUCUUCCCGAUGAGAAAUCAUAUUGAAUUGUCUAUUUUACAUCACCAUUUGCUUGAUUGAACCUUCCCCCAUCAUCAUUUUUAUGCGUCUCUGUAUCACUGUUUCAACUGCGCAUCCGGCCAGGCUUCUGUUUUCAGCCAACGUUCAUAAUGGAAGACAAGGGAAGAGAUAGGUUAGCCGAUAGCUUCCUCAAUUUUUCUUCAGCCGUCAUGCCUCCUCCUUUUCUCGCUUUAUCGCUCUGCUUCUUGACGCCAAAGUGGAAAACUCAGGUCAGGGAUUUUACAAUUAAGAUUCAUGGUUUGAAUUGGCUCGUUGAUAUUUGAUUAUGAAUUUCAAGUGACUGACCCUUUGCUGAAGGAUUUUGAGUAGUAUGCCCGCCUCAGAUCAGACUCAGAACCAAAUUUGCAACAGCACUGGUGGUUCUUGGUGAAGUUAGGGGUAGACCAGGUCCCAGGACAACUAAUCAUGGCAGCAAAAGAACUGCUUACUUUGUUUGUCAUAAUCCAUCACUGCUUCUUGUUUUGCGCAGCUACUGAUAUCAUAACCACUGACAAGCCUCUAAGUGAUGGUGAUAUUCUCAUUUCUAAGGAAAAUAAGUUUGCUCUUGGGUUCUUCGCUCCAGGCAAAUCAAACUAUCGCUAUGUAGGAAUUUGGUACUACAAUUUGCAACAGCAGACUGUUGUUUGGGUUUCAAAUAGAGACAAUCCCAUGAAUGACACCUCUGGAGUUCUCUCUAUCAGCUCAAAUGGAAAUCUGGUUCUGCAUGGUAACUAUUCUGACAUGCCCCUCUGGUCUACGAAUGCUUCUGUCACUGUUCCAAAUACAAAAGUUAUGGCUCAACUCACAGAUUUAGGUAACCUCGUUUUGAUUCAAAAUGAUUCCAAAACUAUUAUCUGGCAGAGCUUUGAUCAUCCUACCGAUACCUUGCUUCCGUAUGCCAGAAUUGGAGUCAACAAAAGAACUGGUCAGAGUGAGUUCUUGCAGUCAUGGAAGACCGAGGAUGAUCCUGGAACAGGAAGCUUCUCUGUUGGGUUCAAUACUAGUGGGAAAUCCCAGUUGUUCUUGUACAAUAAUAAUGCCCCAUGGUGGCGUAUUGGAUCCUUCAACGGCGAAAUGUAUGUUGGCAAUCCGUUUAUGAAACAAGCAAUGGCAAGUGAUUUCAAUAUGACCAUCUUGGAUGAUGACAAUGAGGUUGCGUUUAGAUAUAACGCUUUUGACAAGACAAUUAUUGUGCGGGCGGUAGCUCUUCAAUCUGGAUCUUUUCAAGUACUGAUAUGGGAUUCUAAUAAGAUACAAUGGAAUCGAUACUGGUAUGGUCCAAAAGUAGAUUGUGACAUGUAUGGUUCCUGUGGGGCCAAUGGAAACUGUGACUCUUAUGACUAUGCGUAUUUCAAGUGUUUCUGCCUACCUGGGUUUGAACCCAAAAAUCCAACAGAUUGGUAUCAACAUUUCCAUCGAACAGAGGGUUGUGUGAGGAAGAAAGGGCCAUCCGUGUGUGGGAAUAAUGGAGAAGGCUUUGUCAGAGUAGAAAGGGUUAAAAUUCCUGAUACAGCUUUAGCAAAUGUUAAUAUGAAUAUGAGUGUGGAAGAAUGUAAACAAGAGUGCUUGAGAAACUGUUCUUGUAAUGCCUAUGCAGCUGCAGAUGUGAGAAAUGGAGGAAGUGGGUGCUUAGCUUGGCAUGGGACUUUGACGGACACAAUGGUAUUAAGUGAUGAAGGCCAUGAUUUAUAUGUUCGUGUUGAUGCCACUGAACUUGCAAAAUAUGCUAGGAAAUCAAAAGGAGAGCUUUCCAAGUUUGGGAAAGUGGGAAUAGCAAUGGCUUGUGUCGCUUUGAUUGCUCUUCUCACCACCUUAUCUGUAUAUUGCAUUCGGAAGAGAAAAACAAGAGAUGAAAUUGGAGAGCAAGAAUUAGAGUUAGAUUCCCCAACGAAUCAAGAACGAUAUGGUGAAGAUGGAGGACAAUCAAGCUUAACAUUUUUCAGCAUCAAAACCAUAAUGACUGCAACAAACAAUUUCUCAAAUGAGAAUCAACUAGGGCAGGGUGGAUUUGGUUCUGUAUACAAGGGCUUACUAGAUAAUGGACUAGAUAUAGCAGUGAAAAGAUUGUCACAAGGUUCUGGACAAGGGAUUGGAGAGUUCAAGAAUGAAAUUAGAUUAAUUGCAAUGCUGCAACAUAGGAAUCUUGUUAAGUUGCUUGGGUAUUGCAUUCAUAAGGAAGAAAGGAUGUUGAUAUAUGAAUACCUACCCAACAAAAGCUUGGACUUCUUUCUCUUUGACUCAAAUCAUAGAAUGUCAUUAGAUUGGGACACACGUUUUCAUAUUAUUUUUGGAAUUGCUCGAGGUCUUCUCUAUCUUCAUCAAGAUUCAAGACUGAAAAUAAUUCAUAGAGACCUUAAAGUUAGUAAUGUUCUUUUAGAUGCUACAAUGAAUCCCAAAAUUUCAGAUUUUGGCAUGGCUAGAAUAUUUGGUGAGGAUCAAGUCCAAGCAAAAACUCGACGAAUUGUUGGAACAUAUGGUUACAUGUCUCCAGAAUAUGCAAUGGCAGGACAAUAUUCAACAAAGUCUGAUGUUUUUAGCUUUGGUGUUCUUUUGCUGGAGAUUAUCAGUGGCAAGAGAAAUACCUAUUGUGAUAAAGAAAGAUCAUCCCUAAAUUUGAUUGGGCAGGUGUGGGACUUAUGGGGAGAAGGAAAAGCCUUGGACAUAAUGGACUCAACACUUGGCAAAUCAUAUCCUCUUGACACAUCCCUAAGGUGUAUACAAAUUGGGCUCUUGUGUGUGCAAGAAAGUGCCUUCUAUAGACCAUCCAUGUUAGACGUCAUUUUCAUGCUUGGCAAUGAAGUAAGCAUACCAUCACCUCACAAGCCUGCUUUCCUAUUCAAUUAUGAAAUAAAGCAUUUAGAGUCUUCAUCAUCGGGAGAUCCUUCAAUAAACGUUAUGACUACUUCAAUCGAUGCUCGGUAACCAUGACUUGGGAGAUAUGAGAAAUGUACUCAAUCGAUCAUCUUAUGUCUUUUUUGUUGUUAGAUACUUAGAUUUGGAAUUUUGGAUUAUUCUACUUGACUUUGUAUCAAGGUUUGUAUUAUAAUGCAUAGAUAACUAAAAAAUGUUCUUUUUAUUUGGAAAAAAGGGUAUUGUAGUUGCCGUAAUUGAAUGGCUUUAUAGGUGAAGUUAAUUCUUUGGUUUGUAUAGUUUGCA